AUGCUUAAGAGAGAACACAAGGGGGAAGGGGAUGAAAAGGUAAAAAAUGUAUUGCUUCUAUGUGCUUUCGGUAAAAAGGAAAAAGAAAUCGAAGAUUAUAACUGUUAUCCAAACUGUAAGAAGAAAAAUGAAGAAGAGUUAUUUUACGAUAUGUAUUGCUCAGAUAAUAUUAUAUUUUCAAACUCCGCUAAUAACAGUGUACCAUGGAAUUUCUUAAAUAAUGAAUGCUCUCUUAGUAACGAUAUGAACGAACAGCGGAAUGAGGGGGGAAGAUACCAGACGAACUGCGUAGAUUCAAAUGAGAAUGGAAAAGAGGAGGAGGUGGUGGUGGAGAAAGACAAAGAGAAAGAACAAAAAGAUGAAGAGUUACAACAGAAGAAGCAUGAACUACAUCAGCAGGAACUACUACUACUUCCUCUACAAGGUCAUGGUCAUAACAGCGGAGGAGUUAAGAACGACGCAUUCAUAGCAGGGGAAAACUUAACAAGUGAAUAUCGACACGGUACAAUAGAAAAAGCAGUAGAGACUGCACUAAGUGAAGUACAUGAGAGAAGUACACCAACAAACAACCUAACAAUACCCACACGAGAAAACAUUUUACGCAUGUACAAUAAAUAUAAAGACGGAAUUGUAAAAAAAGACGAUAUAGUAUUUACAAAUGUGUUAGACGAAAUGAGAGGAACAUAUACAGAGUGUGGGGAAUGCGAACUACGUUCUACUUCCCAUAUAUAUAGUCAUUUAGAUAUACCAAAGGAUAAAAGUAGUAAAUCCAAAGAAUAUGAAGAAACAGCUAUUUUUUUAGAAAAAAAUAAUAUAAUACCGUUGGAAAGUGCUGAAAAAGGGUAUUACAACAAGGCAUUUAAUAAUUUAACUGUUAAAAAGUUAAAUGACAAUAUAUGGGAAAAGGAAAAAAUAUUUAAUAUGACCAAUGAUGUUGUAAACUACUCCUAUGGAAGUAGUAGCAAUAAUAUACUUAGCAAUGUAAUAAAUCAAAGGAGUUAUUAUAAUAAUGAUUUGGGUAUGUAUAAUGCAAAACAGGGUAAUCAUAUGAUAACGAGUAAAGGAGAACAAAAGAACGUUUCAUUAUAUAGUAACAAUUCAAAUAUGUGUAGCAGCAGUAAUGCCAUUAGUGUACCACAGGAAGGGAAGCAUUACGCGGAUUUAAUAAACUACAUAAGCACGUUGUCAAAUGAUGGUACAGCACAUAGUGAUGCAGCACACGAUGGUGUAAUACACAACAAUGUGGAAAGUAAUGACGGGAGCACUGAUUUAAAAGGUGAUCAAGGCGAGAAAGAUAAAAAAUUAAAAAAGAUAUUACCCCAUUUUGACAAUACAGUUUUACUGGACACCUCAAAUUUUUUUUACAAAGAGUAUGACAACAGUGUAUGCACAAAUGACUAUUAUGGUAGUAAUAGAAGCUACACUAUAAGUUAUGAUAAAAAGGGAACAAAUUUUAAUAUUGGCGAAAAAAAAAGUUUGUAUAAUCCUGAACAAGUUCAGGUAAAAUAUCCAAAUAUAAUGAGUGAUGAAAAUUUUAUUUUACUAAAAAACGAAAAGGAAAAUAAUUCAGAUAUAUCACAAACUAGGGAGAUGAUUUAUUUUAAUGAUAAGGAGGAUGGUCAAAAAGACACUACUGUUGAUGUUGUAAGUGCCCUUGCGGAUGGUACAUAUACGGAUCAACGCCUCUUUGAACACCUAUUUGAUGGGUAUAAGUUUGGCAGAAGUGUGGAGUACAUUCAGACGGGUGGUGGAAGCAGAGAGAGAAGCAGAAAUCGCUACACCAGAAGCAACAGUAAGGAGGGUGAUAACGGUGGAGUAAGCUGUUCCAAUCAUGGGCAUAGCUCUAACGAGUGCACAAGGGACGAAAGUUAUACCUGCCCAUACAUAGAUACAGAGACUGGAUUGAGGGGAAAAUUGCGUAACUUUUCACCUCAAUUCUUAUGUUUUAACAAAAAAGUAAACUCAACUAACGAGGAUAUAAAUAGGGGAAUCAACAAAAUGAUCCUUCCACUACCAUCGUCCUUCCUUCCAUCUACACCUCCUUUGUCAUCUAAUCAUCCUUUGCAGUCUACACCUCCUUUGCAAUCUACACCUCCUUUGCAAUUUACACCUCCUUUGCAAUUUACACCUCCUUUGUCAUCUAAUCCUCCUUUGCAAUCUACACCUCCUUUGCCAUCUACACCUCCGUUGCCAUCUACACCUCCUUUGCAAUCUACACCUCCUUUGCAUUCUAUACCUCCUUUGCCAUCUCCAUCGUCUUUGUCAUCUAUACCAUCUUUUCCAUCUAUAUCGUUGCAGGCCCAUUGUGAAAAGGGAAAUUGCCUCUCUUCAGCACGAAGGUGUGGAAGUACUUUGAACGCCCCCCGUAACAAUCGUGAAAGGGAGUACCUCGAGCGGCCAAUUCAUGUUUUCUCAAAAAAAAAAAAAGAUUAUGAACGUGUUCAGGGAAACGAUAGCAAUUUAGAAAAAAAGGAGUUGGCCCCUUUUAGCCUAAAUGAGGAAACUCCGAGCAGCAGCAGUAGGAAUUUGGGUAUUAAAAUUGCUUGCGAGCAAAUUGAGCAAAUGUUUAACCCUCAUAGCGCAGAAAACACUGAGAAUAAGUAUAACUUGGCAAACACUUCUAAAACUUCUAGUAUAGCAAACACUUCUAAAACUUCUAACAUGGCAAACAUUUCUAAAACUUCUAACAUGGCAAACAUUUCUAAAACUUCUAACAUGGCAAACAUUUCUAAAACUUCUAACAUGGCAAACAUUUCUAAAACUUCUAACUUGGCAAACACUUCUAACUUGGCAAACACUUCUAACUUGGCGAACCCUUCGAAUAACCUCCAUUUAAUACGCGGAAAAGACAAAAACGAAAUGGCGGAAAGGAGUUUAACGGCCCUGUCCUUGUUUAGUAAGUAUGACAGGGCGAAGGACCAUGGCAGAUGCACCUCAUGCAACUAUAAUAAUAAUACAUGCUGUAGUAAGUGCAAAAAUAAUAUGAACAUUUUUAAAACUACAACUACCACAACUACGACUACUACUACAACUACCACUUCUGAAGGAAAAGUGCUCACUUCAAAUGUUCCAGAGGAUGGAAAUGACAAAUAUAAAAAUUUGUUUCUAGAUCGAAGAGUUUAUGCACAUGUUAAUAAAGAUCUUUUAAGUGAUAACAAUAAUAAUAAACUCAUUUGUUAUGAAGAUAUAUUAAAAUACAGUGAAAAGGAAAAAGAUAAUACGUACAUCUCAUCUAUCAGUAGUCGAAAUAAUGCAAUAAUAAAAAAACAAAACGAAUUGAAUAUAUCAAACAAAUUGAAUAUAUCAAACAAAUUGAAUAUAUCAAACAAAUUGAAUAUAUCAAACAAUUUGAAUAUAUCAAACAAAUUGAAUAUAUCAAAUAAAUUGAAUGUGUCUAAUAAAUUGAAUAUAUCAAAUAAAUUGAAUAUAUCAAACAAAUUGAAUAUAUCAAAUAAACAGAAUAUAUCAAAUAAACAGAAUAUAUCAAACAAAUUGAAUAUAUCAAAUAAACAGAAUAUAUCAAAUAAACAGAAUAUAUCAAAUAAACAGAAUAUAUCAAAUAAACAGAAUAUAUCAAAUAAACAGAAUAUAUCAAAUAAACUGAAUAUAUCGAAUAAAUUUUACUGUGGACAAAUUAGAAAUUCCAUUUUUCAAUUCAAUAUAGAUAAACAUGAAGAAAAAAAAAAACCCAUUAGUGAAAAAAAUAUUUCACUUUUACAAAAAAUAUUUAUGAACCAGUACAGGAAUAAAGAAAAUACUAAGUGUGUUGAUAACUAUUACAAAAUUGUCGAGACAAAAAAAAAAGAACAAAAUGAGAGUAGUAGUAGUGUCAUUCCGAUGGAUACUAAUGGUUAUGUAAGUACAUAUGAUCAGAGUGAUGAACAUAAUAGAAAUACAAUUAUCGUUAACCCUGAAAAGGUAAGAAUAGGUAGAAAUAAUAUAUUAAAAGAUGAAAUAAUCAAAAGCACGUAUGGUAGGGCAGAGCGGUAUCCUUACCAACCUAGCACUAUACUAAAAGACAACGGAGUUAACCUACUUAAAUAUUUUAAAAUUAAUUUUGAAAAGAGUAGGCACUCAACCAACAAGGGAAAUGGAACACCCGAUGAAAGGGCUACAGAAUAUGUUAGAGGUGUAAGCAGUAAUAGAGGUAGAAGCAUAGGUGUAAGCAGUAAUAGAGGUAGAAGCAUAGGUGUAAGCAGUAAUAGAGGUAGAAGCAUAGGUGUAAGCAGUAAUAGAGGUAGAAGCAUAGGUGUAAGCAGUAAUAGAGGUAGAAGCAUAGGUGUAAACAGUGGUAGAGUUAGCAGCACUGUUAGGAGAAGCGGAGGAUUGUUACAGAACGGAAGACCAAAUCUUAAAAGCAAGAGCAACUUGUUUGAAUCUGUUGAUGCCUUUUUUUAUAAUUUUAAAAACAAUACAAGUUCUAUGUGUGAAGAAAGGAGUGAAAAAUUAUUUAUGUGUAACAUGAAAGAGCAGAAGGAUGAAAUUGUGCUGACAAGUGCAGGCAACUUGCGCAAAGGAGUUAACGGGAUGAAUUAUAUGCAAGGGAAUGUAGAAAAGACUCACACUUCGAGGCGUAUCACCAGCACUGCGGGAAAUAUUAGCGAUAUUAGCAGCGGUAGAGAUAUUGGCAGCGGUAGAGGUAUUAGCAGCGGUAGAGGUAUUAGCAGCGGUAGAGAUAUUAGCAGCGGUAGAGAUAUUAGCAGCGGUAGAGAUAUUAGCAGCGGUAGAGAUAUUAGCAGCGGUAGAGAUAUUAGCAGCGGUAGAGGUAUUAGCAGCGGUAGAGGUAUUAGCAGCGGUAGAGGUAUUAGCAGCGGUAGAGGUAUUAGCAGUGGUAGAGGUAUUAGCAGCGGUAGAGGUAUUAGCAGUGGUAGAGGUACUAGCAGUGGUGGAGGUAUUAGCAGUGGUGGAGGUAUUAGCAGUGGUGGAGGUAUUAGCAGCGGUAGAGAUAUUAGCAGUGGUGGAGGUAUUAGCAGCGGUAGAGAUAUUAGCAGCGGUGGAGGUAUUAGCAGCGGUGGAGGUAUUAACGACGGUAUCUGUGGUAGCAGUAACGAUAAUGGAAACCAGGUUACCACUACCACCACGACAACAACAACUACGACAACCACUACCACUACAACGAAUGACAAUGGUGUUGGAAGUAGCGGAAAUAACAAUAUUGUCAUGGUAACUACUACAAACAGGAGUCAGAAGGACAUAUGCCCCAGUUAUAACUGCAAUAGAAGUAGUACUAAUAGCUAUAACCAAUAUGAUUCUUUCCGUCCUCCUAGCGCUGCUAACAUCUUUGAAGGAAAAAAAAGAAAUAGAAGUAAUAAUGAAAGUUAUAUGGUAAAACUGAAUGAAGAAGGAGUAAACAAACAUUCCUUUGUACCUGACCGAAGUGGUUUUCUAUCAAAAGGGAGCAUAAGUGAAAACGAUAUAAGUUCAUGUACGAUAGGACAUGAGUAUUCACCUGAAGAGAUAAAAGAAAAAAUCAUUUUAACAAUUCAAUGGAAUAUAAAAAAAAUAUCAUUAUUAUGUUCUAGUGAGAACAAUUUUGUAGUAUCCCCAGAAUUCAAAACAGAAACAAUGAUUCAAGAAUUUUUUAUUUUACUUAAUAUAAAUAAUAAUAUGGAUUCAACGUGUGAGCAUAAUACUAUUGAUCUUCUAUUUUCUUACACAGGUUUCUGUGAUAUUAUAUUUUCAGUCUCUUGUGGCAUGUACAGAAAACAAAAAUAUUGCUCUUAUGAUUUUUCUACCUACCCUUGGUUCGGUUACAACAAUUGGGGUAUACUAAAAAAUUGUUUACACAAUGACACAAUUUCAAUUAAAAUUGACAUCCACGAUAUAAUAAAAAAGAAAAACAUAAAGGAAAAUUUUUUAAAUAAUAUUAUUUCUAUUAUUAGAAAUGAAGAGAACAAUUUUAAAAAUAGAAUAUUCUUUAGGGAAGGAAGUGCUGAGGGUAGCAAAUGUAUCGAUAACAUACACCAAGGAUAUAACCUACGUGGUAAUGCAAAAAACUAUGAGUCUAACUGUGUCCUCAAGUUUUUUGAUGACCCUAAUUGGAAUAAAAAUAUGAACAAUUCAGGUGGUUUUGGUCAUGACCCAAAAUGGCCCUACAACAAGUUAGAGAGUGCAAAUGCAUCCAAUGCUACCAAUACCGCUAAUGCUGAUAAUCAUGAGAGAAGUACUACAUCAUGUAACCUAAUCAACAGUAAAAAAUGGAACCCAAAUUUUGAAAAAAACAAUUUUAAUAAGCUUAGUGAAGAGGAUAAUAAUAAUACUACCAAUGAUAAGCAGCACAAUUUUACUAACGUGCGUUCGGAAAUACAUGACAGGAAUGGUAGUAGCAGUAGUGGUAGUGGUAACGACAAAGAAACCAGGAACGCCAAUCACAAUUACGGCUUCAUGAUGAAGGCGAGUAAUGGACAUUAUUAUGGAGAAAACAUGAACCGAUGUGAAAGCUACAAUGGUCGUUUUAAUGAUAGUUUUAGUAAUAAUUUUAAUAAGUGA